GUUGGGCGGCAGAGCCCCAGGGUGGUGCCGUACCCAGCGCGCAGCCUCUGUCCUGCAGAGCCUGCCCUUCCGACUGCAGCAGUUGUGUCCAUGGGCUCAGCUGAUCAUCGACUGAACUUAGCAGAGAUCCUUUCACAGAACUAUGGUGUGCGGGAAGAGAGGGAGGACGAAGAUGAUACUCAGGAGAAGCAGAAGUCUUUAGAAGAGCUGGAGAAGAGCUUCAGUGCCUCUCAGAGCAGUGAAAUGCCAUUUGAGGAGCUGCUUGCACUUUAUGGCUAUGAGGCAUCUGAUCCCAUCUCGGAGCAGGACAGUGAGAGCAAUGAUAUUACUCCAAACCUCCCAGAUAUGACUCUGGAUAAGGAACAAAUAGCGAAGGAUUUGCUUUCAGGGGAAGAAGAGGAGGAGACACAGUCUUCAGCUGACGACCUGACUCCAUCCGUCACGUCGCACGAUGCAUCGGACCUAUUCCCAAACCAGCCUGGCUCAAACAACUUCCUUGCUGAUGAAGACAAAGAGCCCUGUUCAUCUCCAUGUGCUUCCUCCAUGGCUGAGGAUUCAGAGGAGGAUUCCAUCCCAUCCAACGAGUGUAAGAAGGAGAUCAUGGUUGGACCUCAGUACCAAGCCACUGUUCCCAUCCUCCACUUGAACAGGCACGGGGAAAAAGCCUAUGAGAAUGAAGAUCAGCUGCUCUGGGACCCAAACAUCCUCCCUGAGAGAGACGUGGAGGAGUUCCUGUACCGCGCAGUCAAGCGGCAGUGGGACGAGCUGUCGAGCAGCAGCCUGCCAGAAGGAGAGAUGGUGAAGGACAACGAGCAGGCUUUGUAUGAGCUGGUUAAAUGCAACUUCAAUGCAGAAGAGGCACUGCGGAGGCUACGGUUCAACGUGAAGGUCAUCAGAGAUGAGCUUUGUGCCUGGAGCGAGGAAGAAUGUAGGAAUUUUGAGCAUGGCUUCAGGGUCCAUGGGAAAAACUUCCACCUUAUCCAGGCAAACAAGGUCCGUACCCGGUCAGUGGGCGAGUGUGUGGAGUAUUACUAUAUGUGGAAAAAGUCGGAGCGUUACGACUACUUCACUCAGCAGACACGUUUAGGAAGGAAGAAGUACGUCCUCCACCCUGGAGCCACGGAUUACACCGACAAUGACUUGGAUGGGGGUGAAGUUGAAAACUCCACUCGUGCUCGGAGCUCCCCACCCAUUCCCUCUGGAACUGGCUGCCUGGAUUCCCACUUCAGUCAAGACCAGAUAGCAAUAGAGAGCACAGAGCCCCUGAGCGUGGAGAGCACGGCCUGCAGCCUGGGCAGCAUGAGCGAGUCGGGGCAGGGCUACGAGUGCAGCACUCCCUCCGAGACCAACUGCUCCUCCGACCCCCAGGAGGAGCCGUCC